AUGAGUAGUGAUAACGGUGAAGUUUUCGCUUCAAAGGAAUUGACCACUCAAGUCUUCCAGAAAUUAUCUACUAAAUUAGAGAAUAGGGUGUGUUUUGAUUGUGGUAAUAAGAAUCCAACUUGGACUUCUGUUCCAUUUGGUGUCAUGUUAUGUAUUCAAUGUUCAGCUGUUCAUAGAAACUUAGGGGUCCAUAUUACUUUUGUUAAAUCCUCUACUUUAGAUAAAUGGACAAUUAAUAAUUUAAGAAGAUUUAAACACGGUGGUAAUUUAAAAGCCCGCGAAUACUUUUUAAAGAAUAAUGGUAAGCAAUAUUUAAACACUUCUAACGUGGAUGCUAGAGUAAAAUAUACGAGUUCUAUUGCCAAAAAAUAUAAGGAGCAUUUAGAGAAAGCGGUCAAGAAGGAUAUGGAAUUGUAUCCAUCUGAAUUGGUCUUAACAGAUGGACAAGAAGCUGAUUUUGAUAAUCUAUCAAGUGCUAACGCUUCUGCUGAUUCAUUAAAUAAGAAUAGUACUGAUGAUUUUUUUGCAACUUUUCAAAAGCCAACAGAUCCUGAAUCAUCCUCUACAAAAAUUCUGACUCCAACUAGCACUGGCGCAGUAGGUUCUAGUGCAUCCCCAACUCCAAGAUCGUCUAUGUUAGCAGGCAAUGCAAACAGAAGAAGAAUCACUACUGCCUCAGCUGGUGGUUCUCGUGCUGGCUCUGGUGCUGCUAAGCAUUCAAUCUUGUCAUCCAAUAGAAAGCCAACUAGAAUUACUACUAGUAAAAUUGACAAAUCGAAGGCCGAUGAUUUAUUUGAUCAAUUCGAAAAAGAUGCUGAAGCUGAAAAGGAAGAAACGCAAGCUAAUAGUUUUGCUAAUAGACGUGCAGCAUCGAGCACUUCUUCAUUAAAUAAUGCUACUUAUAAGCCUGUUGUUAUCAAGCCUGAGAACUCGUUUGGGGAAGAAAAAGAUGAUUUCUACGACUUUUUGAAUGGUGAUUCGAGCGAUUCUUACUCUACCCCAGCUCCAGGUGUUGCUGAAAUCCAACCAAAAUUAGCCAAGUUAGGAUUUGGUAUGACAAUGAACGAUGCUAAUGAAUUAGCUGAACAACAGAAAGAAACUCUUAGAGCGGCAUCUGGUCCAAAAUACACUGGUGCAGUUGCUACAAAAUACGGUGGCCAAAAAGCCAUUUCAUCUGAUCAAAUGUUUGGACGUGGGUCUUAUGAUGACACUGCUGCACAAGAAGCUAAACAAAAAUUAAGAAGUUUUGAUAAUGCUACCUCCAUUUCAUCAUCAUCUUAUUUCGGCGAAGAGCAAGAAGGUGAAGAGGAUGAAUUUGGUGCUAACCCUUCUUACAACAAUGGUCACAGCUACAAUAACAAUUCCAACACUAAUAACGGUUUUGUUGAUUUUAAUUUAAGCACAGAUGACGAUUUACAAAUGUUAAAGGAUGCUGUUGGGCAAGGAGCUCAAAAAUUAGGUAACUAUUUGAGAGAUUAUCUAAGAAAUUAA